AUGAUCACAGACAACAUUUCACAGACUCUCAAAGACCAACUGAAAAGCGUUUUUGAUGAUGUGACUGUUGUUAGCGUUCUGGAUAGUGGUGAUGCCGUCAACCUUGCUUUAAUAAAUCGUCCUGAUCUUGGCGUUACUUUUACAAAACUUCAUUGUUGGAGAUUAACUCAGUACACCAAAUGUGUUUUUGUUGAUGCCGAUUGCCUGGCUUUACAAAACUGCGACGAAUUAUUUGAAAGAGAAGAAUUUAGUGCUGCUCCAGAUAUUGGAUGGCCAGACUGCUUCAAUUCUGGUGUUUUUGUGUAUGCCCCCUCAGAGGAAACUUACAAGAAAAUUUUAGAUUUUGCACUUGAAUGCGGUUCAUUUGACGGUGGAGACCAAGGAUUACUGAAUUUGUUUUUCCAUGACUGGAGGGACAAACCAGCAGCUUUCCGUCUCCCUUUUAUCUAUAAUAUGACCUCUGGGGCUAUUUACACGUACGCUGCUGCAUACAAACGUUUUGGUUCACAGGUGAAAAUCGUACACUUCCUUGGCGCUCAAAAACCAUGGCAGUUGAGAGCUGGCGGUGUUCACUUUUCAGAGCAUCUCGCCUACUGGUGGCAUCUGUUUAGCACGCACGUUGUACCAAACUUGCCGUCUUCAAACGUGAGUUGGUGGUGGUGCUCAGAGUGCUCAGUUCAGCAAUGUGCAUCUGAAACGUUACCAUCUUGCACACACCUUUCUUCUUCUUCCACUCCUGUUUCACCUAGUUUUACCAAACCUUGUUUGCUUCCCGAGAAUGUUGCAAGUUCAGAAGUUUGUUCGAUGAACUCUGAUGUAACGAAUAAUGUUGUUGUUGUGAUGCAAGAGAAUCAGCUGGUUGAUAGUGUUGUUGAAUCAAGUGCAUCAGGAAAUACCACAGAAGAGUCUGAGCCGCGUCGUGGUCUAGAUGCAGAUGUGAUUCAACGUCAACAACCAGACCACGUUUUUUCUAAACCUCCGCCGUGCACGCGUGUUUAUCGUGUUGAUCCACCUUAUUACCAAAGUUGGAAACCGCUCCGACAUAUACCAAAGCAUGUCGCCGACAAAAUGAAAGCUUUUUCGCCCUUAUAUGCUGUGGGAAGUGAAGAAGAAAUUACUCCACCUACUGAAGAAGAAAGAUUAAAGGCUUGGGAAAUCGGUCAUCCGGACUAUCUUGGCCGUGAUGCAUUUGCAAAUAUACAAAAACAUAUAGAAGAGGCAUUAAAGAAAUAG